GAGGCUAAUAGCUAUAACUGGUGGCCCAAUACAACCAACUCAUCUCCUUUGUCCUCCGCGUCGGCGUUGCUCUACCGCUGUAGCUUCUCUUCCGCACCAGACUCCGCCACGAGCCUGCCGGAGAAAAGUUCAGGGAUUUGGUUCUCGACAUGGCAUCCAAGUUGGUACAAAUUCAAUCAAAGGCAUGCCAGGCUUCCAAAUUUGUGGCUAAGCAUGGGACUUCAUACUAUAAGCAGCUGAUAGAGCAGAACAAGCAAUACAUUCAGGAGCCGGCCUCCGUGGAGAAAUGCAACGAGUUGUCUAAGCAAUUGUUUUACACCCGUCUUGCUAGCAUUCCCGGGCGAUAUGAAUCGUUGUGGAAGGAACUAGACCAGGUGAAGAACUUAUGGAAGAACAGAGGGGACCUGAAGGUGGAAGAUGCAGGGAUUGCUGCUUUGUUCGGGCUUGAAUGCUUUGCUUGGUUUUGCGCAGGUGAAAUCGUAGGCAGGGGAUUCACCUUCACCGGAUAUUACCCUUGAAGUCAAAGACAGACAAAUCCCUCAGCCGGAUUCAAAUUUCAAUCUGUGUAAGCCCUUCUGUUUCAAUUUACUUGUGAUUUUGAUCACAGCUAUCAAUUUUCAUUGUUCUGUCUUCUUUCCCAUAAGAACAGAGUUUUUGGAGAGAUGAGAAUCCUUUCUUGGUUUAAACUCUUGAUAAAGAUUUGUCCCCAAUAA